UACGCGACGGUUGAACGGAACGCGUCAUUGUCUUUCUUGAGCUUGAUCUAUGGGCACUUUCGGCUUCAGCGAGCGUCCCUCCAAGGUGCGCACCCUAUGCAAGCGCUGUGGUCGCCGCACGCAGAUUGCAGCCCUCUUCAUAACAGUGGCGGUGAUCGCAUUCGUUGGCUUGAAGAUCUCGCAUGAGGUGCCAUGGGACAUUGCCCUGACUAUGCACCAUCAGUGCGAGGUUGAAGGCGCUGCAGCACGGCGCUUGAACUUGCGGCGACCGCCACCGCCGCUCUCCCAAGAGGCGAUUUCCUUCUACGAGUCCAUGCCAAAACUGCCAACAGCUGGCACCAAACCGGCUUGGGCGCGCGUCGAAGUGCACGGUUUUGAAGUCCGCGUUCCUGCUCCACCAGCAGUGAAUAUUUCGAGCGCUCGACGACCGCUGGGAGCAUUCGUGCCACGCGAAGAGCUACUCCAGACCACCGGCCUGCAGUGUUUGCCGCUUCAGGAGCACCAGUCGCUCGCCGAGCUGUUCCACGGGUUUUGGGAUGGUCCAAUGAACUUGACUCUCCCUCCGCUGUAUCUGAGCGCCAUCUCAACGGUAUUCAGCCAUCACCCCGACUCGACGUACCUGGUUCACUCGAAUACACUGCCUCUUGACCAGUUCGACGAGCUUCGGGCGAUGGGAUUCGACAUUGCCGUUGUGCGCUUUGACGCACUUCGCGCCGUAACUUUUGGCAACUUGCCUGGCCGAAAUUGGCUGCGCCACGACCGUGUUCAGCACGCAGGGCACCGAAACGUUCGCUCGCACAUGUCUGAUUUGAUUCGAACCAUUCUCAUGUACCAAUGCGGUGGCAUUUACAUGGAUCUCGACUCGGUCUUGCUUCGGCCGCUGCAUUUCCUCAACCGGGCGUUCACCAUGGAGCCCAUGCGUCCCGACCACUUGCGUGUGCAGUACACCAGGAUGGAUGGUGUGUCAUCAUUGCUGUCUUGCAGCGAAGUCAUUGUCACUCGACCCCAGGCCGUCGACGAAGGAGGCGCGAUGAUCCUGACGCCGUAUGUGGUUCGCGGCGACUUUGGCCUCGUUCCCGGCUUGUUGGCGUUUGGUCCACGGGAUCCGUUCAUCUUCAUGAUGAUGCAAGUGUUUGAAGAGCCCUACAAUCCCGACUGCUUUAGCUGUGUUGGUCCGGUGGCUGUCAACAAGGCAUACAUGGCCUCAACCGCGGCCGAAAGAUUGCGACUCCAAGUCUACCCUGCGGAUGCCAUGUUUGGCCCCUUCUGGCGCGGGGUGAUGGACAAGUUUGACGAAUUUUGGCAAACGACGACCGACGAGCGCGGCCAGGCACUCGUGAACGACGCAAUUCAGUUUGGCUUUACCCAGCAUCUUUACGGUGGCGGACACGGCGCGCCCUCGUUCCAAAAAGAUAGUUUCAUUCAUCGUUUAGUUGUUGAGACUCAGCUCAUCCCGUUGCCAGACCUUUGGCAGUGAGUCGCCAAUCUCCAACAUUGGCUCGUGAUUUCCUUGUUCUGUACAAAGCGAACUUGGCUUUCAGAUCGAACAUUCAAGUCCAUCC